UGUCAACGUCAAAACAGCAUGGUAUUGUAUUUUUGUUUUAUGGAUUUUUUAUCGAAUGAUAAAAAUAAAAACUUUCUUAUGAAAAAAUAAAGUUAUUCAUGUGACUAAACAUACUGAAAAGAACUGAAAAUCGAAAGAUCUCAGAUGUUCCUUUAAAGACUUUCAAAAUGAGUAAAACAAAGGAGACAGUAAACUUGAAAGCAGCCAGUGUGGAAGCGUGCAGGAUCUGCUUAGCCACGGACACAAAGUUGCACAGCCUACAGAGCACAUACCUCGCUACAAGUAGUGAGGUAUUUGCACUGUUGGAAGCUGUUGUAGGAUAUCAUAAGUCAUACAAAGGCCUACCAAAUUAUAUUUGCUAUCAAUGUGCACCAUGCUUGGUAAAAUGCCAUAAAUUAAUUGAAAAAUGUAAAAUAUCACAGACUGCACUCGAAGACAUAUACAAAAAGAAUGGACAGAUAACAAAACCACUCAUAGAAAAACAGAACAGAUCUGAACUGAAAUUGCAGACUCUAGACAGCUAUGAACUAAUAAAUUAUUACUACAUAAAAUAUGAUGAUGACAACAACACAUCAGAUUUCAUCAAAACAAAGCCUGAUCCUGACGUACAAACAAAUGUAUCGUCAGAUAAUGAAUUACAGGAAGCAAUUGAAGAACUUUCUGAAAAAGAAAUAUUAGAUAUAUUACAAAAAUCUCUGAAAAAUCAAGAUACUGAUGAAUUAAGUAGUGAUAGCGACGUGCAAGCCAUAGAAGUUGACGUACCAACUGUAGAAAUUGCUUCUGACGAUGAAAAAGCUGGUGAUGACUUCAUAAGUUUGAAAACUUAUAAUGUGACGGUUGAUAGGGAACCAGGAAAUUUCAAUAAAUGUAAAAGGCCCCUUUAUAAUCGUGCACCAGGUCUAAUAAAAAAUGAAAGACCCAAAGUGAAGGAACCAAGAAAGAAAAAGAAGAAAAUAAAUAAUAAUGAGUACAAUCCAAUGCCAGUCGAGCCUUAUGUGCGGAAAUUCUUCAAUGUUACUGAAACAUCGGGAACAAUAAGCGGUAGGAAGUUUUCAUGCAAAUCCUGUCCGGCAACAUUUCCUUAUCCUGAAGAAGCAAAGGACCACACAUACAUUGGCUGCCCAAAUGCUGCACCAAGAGUUCGAGCUGGUACAAAUACUGCACCAAAAGUACCAGGUGUACCCCGUGCUGUACCAAAAGUACCAACUGGUACAAAUACUGCACCAAAAGUACCAGUUGUUCCCAGUGUUGUACCAAAAGUACCAACUGGUACACAUACUGCACCAAAAGUACCAGGUGUUCCCAGUGCUGUAUCAAGAGUACCAGGUCUUCCUAGUGCUGUACCAAGAGCACCAUCUGGUCCAAAUACUGCACCAAUAGUACCAGCUGGUUCAAAUACUGCACCAAUAGUACCAGAUGUUCCCAGAGCUGUACCAAAAGUAUAAGCUGAUCUAAAUACUGCACCAAUAGUACCAGCUGGUUCAAAUACUGCACCAAUAAAACCAGGUGUUACCAGUGCUGUACCAAAAGUACAAGCUGGUCCAAAUACUGCACCAAUAGUACCAGGUGUUCCUAAUGCUGUAGAAAAAGUACCAGCUGGUCCCAAUGCUGUAACAAGUGUACCUGCAUC